ACUUUUUCCUUAUUAAUUAAGCCUAAUAUUAUGCUUAAGCAUUUCAUGUUGCUUAAUCAUAUACCUGUGGGUUUGUUUAUUUGUUGUUUCUCAUGAUGUGUUCUUAUAGGUUUGAUACCUAUGGAGAUUGGCAAUCUCAAUCAAAUUCAGGUUCUACAAAUGGGAAAUAACAGCUUGAGUGGACAUGUUCCUUCUAAACUCUUCAACAUUUCAACAUUGGAACAUUUGCAUCUUGAGCUAAAUUCUCUCUCAGGCAUGCUUCCACCCAAUAUGGGACUUGGCCUUCCUAAUCUACAAGAGCUGCACAUGUACAAAAACAAAUUUGUUGGGAAAAUUCCAAAUAGUAUAUCCAAUGCUUCAAACCUCUUCAUAAUUGAUUUGAGUUGGAAUAAAUUUAGUGGAAUUAUACCCAACACUUUUGGAAAUUUAAGAUUCCUCAAAUCACUCAUUAUAGGUGGCAAUCCUAAUUUGACAUUAACAGAUGAUUCUCUUGAAUUCAAUUUCCUCACUUCACUGACAAGUUGCACAUAUCUUACACAUCUUGAAGUAUCAGAGAAUAGUUUACCAUCAAAUCUUCCCAAGUCCAUUGGAAACUUAUCUGUAGAAAACUUUUGGGCAAAUUCUUGUGGAAUUAGUGGAAAUAUUCCACUAGAAAUCGGAAAUAUGAGCAACCUGAUUCGCUUAUCUCUGAGGAACAAUGAUCUAAAUGGACUAAUCCCUACUACAAUUAAAGGUUUACAUAAGCUUCAGUCUUUGAAACUUGACCAUAAUGGACUGCAAGGAUCCAUCAUUAACGAGGUUUGCGAACUUAGGAGUUUAGGUGAGUUGUCCUUAACAAGCAAUAAGCUUUUCGGAGUGUUACCAACAUGCUUGGGAAAUAUGAGUUCUCUUAGAAAGUUGUACAUAGGAUCUAAUAGGUUAACCUCAGAGAUACCUUCCUCCUUUUGGAAUCUCAAAGAUAUUCUAGAGGUGUACUUAUCUUCCAAUGAUUUAACCGGAAAUCUUCCACUUGAGAUCAAGAAUUUGAGAGCUAUUGUAAUAUUAGAUUUAUCAAGAAAUCAAUUUUCAAGCAAUAUUCCUACAACCAUCAGUUUCUUGAAAACUUUAGAAAUUCUCUCCUUGGAAUCUAACAAAUUGAUAGGGACUAUCCCAACUUCAAUUGGUGAAAUGUUAAGCCUCAAUUUCUUGGACUUGUCUCAAAAUUUUAUAACUGGUGUGAUUCCAGAAUCCUUAGUGUCACUUUCUUAUCUUAAGUACAUGAAUUUGUCAUACAAUAGAUUGCAAGGAGAGAUUCCUGAUGGAGGACCUUUCAACAAAUUUACAGCUCAAUCUUUCAUGCAUAAUGAAGCACUUUGUGGAAGUGCUAGGUUAGAAGUGCCUCCAUGUGAUAAACAAAGUAGGAAAAAGUCAAUGAAAAAGAUGUUAUUAAUCAAAAUCUUAUUGCCUAUAAUUGUGAUAGCCAUUUUGGUUGUCCUAUGCAUAAUUCUUCUAAUGCAUAAAAAGAAAAAAGUUGAAAAUCCACUUGAAAUGGGUUUAUCAACUGAUUUAGGGGUUCCAAGAAGGAUUUCAUAUUAUGAACUUGUGCAAGCAACUAAUGGAUUUAGCGAGAGUAACUUACUUGGAAAGGGGGGCUUCGGCUCUGUGUAUCAGGGAAUGCUUUCUACCGGGAAGAUGGUAGCAAUUAAAGUACUUGACUUGAAUAUGGAAGCAACAUCAAGAAGUUUUGACGCAGAAUGCAAUGCAAUGCGCAUUCUUCGACAUCGAAAUCUUGUUGAGGUUAUUACAAGUUGUUCAAAUAAAGAUUUCAAGUCAUUGGUGAUGGAGUUUAUGUCAAAUGGAAGUGUUGAAAAAUGGUUAUACUCGGAUAACUAUUGUUUAGAUUUCUUGCAAAGGUUGAAUAUAAUGAUAGAUGUUGCAUCUGCAUUGGAGUAUCUCCAUCAUGGUUCUUCAAUACCAGUGGUUCAUUGUGAUUUGAAGCCUAGUAAUGUGUUACUAGAUGAAAAUAUGGUUGCACAUGUCAGUGAUUUUGGAAUUUCUAAGCUCUUGGAUGAAGGACAUUCUAAAAUCCAUACUGAGACUUUAGCUACUCUUGGCUAUGUUGCACCAGAGUAUGGAUCUAAGGGAGUCAUUUCUAUUAAAGGAGAUGUGUACAGUUAUGGAGUAAUGCUAAUGGAAAUCUUCACAGGAAAGAAGCCAACAAAUGAAAUGUUUGUACAAGAAUUAACCUUAAAAACAUGGAUUAGUGAGUCAAUGCCUAAUUCAGUUAUGGAAGUUGUGGAUUACAAUUUAGUCUCACAACAAGGGAAUGAAACUCAUGAAAUUGUAUCACAUGUAUCAUCUGUUUUGGAUUUAGCAUUGAGAUGUUGUGCAGAUUCACCAGAAGCAAGGAUUAGUAUGGCAGAUGUAACUGCAUCACUAAUCAAAAUCAAGAUCUUAUUCAUCUAGUGAACAUGGAUGUCAAUAAAUAAAAUUAUGGGUCACUGGACUAUAAAAUCAUAUAUUAUCUUGUAUUUUGAAACCUCUCAAUGUUCUUGUAUUACUACAUUUAAAAUUCUUAUAACACUUGAGGAUAUAAUUUUAUAUGUAAGUUAUUUAUAUUAACUGUCAAUAACUAGGGUGUAGAUCGCAGACGUCGUGCUCGUCUGU